AUGGUGAUUUUGAGGUUGUCAGAUCCCGAAGUCGCACAAGAUGAGGGCGAAACCGAUCGCGACGACAGUGAAAGCGUUCUGUCGUCCACCGCUUCCAUCACUUCCAGCAUCCUGGAGUAUCGGAAGAUCAAUGGCAGGACCUUCGCGUCUUCCAGUACGACUGACUAUUGGGCCCCAAAUGACGACCAACAUCUCGAGGGAUUCGAUGUCGCGCACCACUGGAUCACCAAGAUGCUGGACGACAAGCUCUACCUUGCCCCCAUUGGAGACAACCCCCAGCGAAUCUUGGACGUCGGAACCGGCUCCGGCAUCUGGGCCAUAGACGUAGCAGACGAACACCCCUCGGCGGAAAUCAUCGGCACCGACAUUACGCCCACACAGCCCGGCUGGGUCCCGCCCAACUUGAAGUUCCAGAUCGAAGACGCUCAGCUGGACUGGACCUUUGCGCCAGAAUCCUUCGACUUCAUCCACGUCCGCUACUUGCAGGGCGCCAUUGACGAUUGGCCCAGGUUGUACAAACAGAUUUACAAGUUCCUAAAGCCGGGUGGCUGGUUCCAGCACCUGGAGCCCGACAUUGAGCUACGUAGUGACAAUCCGGCAGUCACCGUCAACAAAGACCACAUUUUCCAGCGCUGGGCUCAGCUCUUCUACGACGCUGGGGAUAAGCUCGGUCGUACCUUCAGAUUCUCGGGCAAUAUCCUGGACGACUGGGCCGCCGACGCAGGGUUCACAGACGUGGUUCACAGGAAGUUCAAGAUCCCGUAUGGUUCCUGGCCCAAAGACGCGAAGCUCAAGGAGCUGGGUUCAUAUACCGGGCAUUAUCUCGACCUAAGCUUAGACGGCUUCGCUGUCUUCCCGGUCGGCCAACUUUUGGGUUGGAGCAUAGAAGAAGUCCAAGUCCUGGUGGCUCAAAUGCGCGCUGCGGUCCUCAGUCGCAAGAAUCUCACGAAUGGCGACAUGCAUCUCAUCUAUGGUCGGAAACCCGCGACGCCUCGCGCCACGACUUCCCCCGAAAGUGGACCACAAGCUGGGAACUAGACCAAUUGACCCAGAGGUCACACUCAUGUCAGAAGCAAUGGGUAAUCACCGAUCGUCCUGCAUCGUCGGCCUGCAAUCUCUCUAGUGGUCGUCCAGGCUUCGGCCCACGCAAACAUGUCGCUGGACACGAUGUCCAUCCAGGAGCUUGCUGUCCCUGUCUUCCCUGAGUGCAUUCGGCUGCCAGUCGCUCACCAAUAAGCACAUAGAGGUAGAGAGGAUGGCGGGAUAGUUAGCGGGGUGUCAUUUCCGUCUCGGUCCUCUCGCUGUUUUUGUCUGAAUCGUCGCACCGCGCACGGUCAAACGCAACUGUUCUAAGGGAAUUCAUAUACAUCAAAACCUCGAUUCCACUGGCAUCAUGCUCUCGAAUCUCCUCCUGUUGCUCAUCUGACUGACUGUGCUGGUCGGGAGGUAUGAGGCGUUGCGCAGCUGUAACAGACCAAUCCUGAUCCGCAGUUUUAUCUUUAUCUGAUCUUCUAUAUGGCGAU